AUGGUGGUUUGUGGCUGGGUACACCAUAUUGGCCAAAUGUGCUUCCAGUACUUUAUGUGCGCAUGCAGCUACUUUAUUGCAGGUGAGAGGCUUGCGCUUCUGAGCGGAGGCUGCGAUGUAUCUCAUGCUGCGCUGCCUUUUGACACGAUGAAUGGUAGGUUGUUGACGAGGUGGGAAGUGAGGUCAAGCACCCUUUUUUCUGCUGGUUGCCUCAUUCUUUGUGCAAAAUUUCUGAUUUCUUUCUUGAUUGGCACGGGUGUUCAGUGCGGGCCAAUGGCGCUCCCCAUUGGCCACCUUCUUCGACUUGGCUGA